AACGGGUGGCAUAACAGUUUUUAUAGUAGAGACUUUCUUCCUUGCCCAUAAAGAUGACCGUAGAAAACGUGAAUAGUUACAGCCGCUUGUGGGUGGAUCGCCCACAAACGUUAGCGGUCAUAUCGGAUUUCUUCAUCUUCAUGACUGGUGGCAUGAAUCUGGCUGUCAGCGUCGGUUGGUCAAAAAGUGAAUACACUCAACAGUUCCGUAUCUGUUGGUAUAUUGGCGUAGCGAUUGGUGCCUUCAUUGCUCCGCCACUUGUCCAGUGGAAGCGCAAGCGGUUGUUUAUUAUACUUCCCAACAUCCUAGUCGCCGCUUCGGCCAUUAUCGCAGUCUCAGGCUACCAGUAUCUGGGCGUACUAAUCGCAUCUCGUUAUAUUGACGGCAUUUGUAUUGGACUUGCCACAGUAUCCUUUAUAACGCACGUCAGUGAAAUUUCCUCUGAACACCGUCGUGGUUUCUGUUUAGCUUUCGAACAAAUCGGCCUCGCUAUUGGUGUCUACAUUCAAAUGCUCUACACCGCACUCUGGAUAACUGGGACUAACUUUAGCCCAAAUCUUCUCAUGGGCCUGUGCAAUCUAUUCUUCGGCUGUGUUGCUGCCUUUAUGACAUAUACCCAAGUCGACUCGCCCGUUUUCCAUAUGCGAAAAGCUGAUGAACCUAACGCUGUAGCCUGUGUAAAUAUUCUUUACCAGCCACCAAUCAUGACCGAAAACAAACAAGAUAUAAUCACCGAAAUCAAAAUGUAUGUGGCCAUGAACACUACGAUGUCAGUGGGCAAAAGUAUAUUGAAGGGAUUGAUGCCACUGAUCAAAAUGAUAAUCUAUCGCAGCAUGCUCUCGUUCAUCAUAGCGCUGCCGAUUAUGUUGGCGCUAAAUAAUGGUGGAUUGGUGAGUGCACCAAACGUUAUCAAUUGGCAUCCGAUACUGUACGGAUUUCUCGGCCUGCUCGGCCCCGUUGUGGGAUCGACGACACUGGGUGGCAUAGGACGCAAAUGGUUGAGCUUGGGAGCUUUGGCAGUCGCAGGAGGCAUGUUUCUCGGCGUGGGUAUAAUCUAUCAUGAAAAGUCAAAUAUGACAAAUGACGUAAAAAUGUCAAUGGUUUGUGCCCUGCUGAUGAUCGCUCAAUUUCUUGGCGGCAUUUUCGCGCCCAGUACGACAGUUUACCUCGGCGAGGCAUUCCCACUCAAGGUGAAACCCUAUUUCAUUGGAAUUUGUGUGAUUGUGCAAAAUAUUGUUGGAUUGAUUAUAGUUGUCACAUUCAACUACGAUUCGUACAACGAGUUUGUUUUCUGCAUCACCGUGGGCGUAAUUAUGAUUUUUUUCGCUAUUGUUUUCUGCUUCACGCUGCCAGAAACCAGAAAAACGAAACUGCGUGAGGCACAAGAACAAUUCGCGUAUUUCUUUAAUUUUAAGAUAUCGUAAUUCAUAAGUUGUGAGCGGUCAGAACAGCUUUUUUAGAGGAAUUUUGUAAUUUUAUAAAGCUUUCGUAGCAAUAAAACUGUGCUUAGCAUUCGUCUGACUAAUUUUGAAAAGC